GCAAAAAUUACCUUUGCCUGCAGAAAAUCAAAAAGUUAGUGUGAGCUCACGUAAUGCUGUGUAUGCCACCUUUACAUCAGGCUCGACCGGGAAGCCAAAGGGGGUUGUCAUUGAGCAUGGCCAAUGCCUUUCAGGCUUUUUAGCGCAAAUCCAGAAAGGACUGUAUACGAAAAGUUCGCGUGUGUUUCAAUUUUCUUCCUUUGCUUUCGAUGUUAGUGUGGAAGAUAUUCUCGCAACCCUGUUGGCAGGUGGUUGUAUAUGUAUGCCUUCUGAGAAGGACCGUCUGGAAAACCUCACCAUUUCUAUAAACAAGACAAAGGCGAACCAUAUCCAAGUUCCCACGUCUGUUGCAACCUUGCUUCCUCCGGAAGGUCUCCCAGGACUUCGUACGCUUCGGCAAGGGGGUGAGGCUAUGUCUGCUGUACUGGUCGAAAAGUGGCUAUCUGUAACAAACAUUCAAAAUAGUUACGGACCAUGUGAAUGCACUGUCUCAAGUUCGAUUCAGUUAUAUCCAAAUCCAGAAAAUCCUGGGAAUGUAGGAGUCGGAGUUGGUUGCUUUCUAUGGAUUGCAGAUACUAUGAAUUCAUCUUCUAUUCUGAACAUGGCUCCUAUUGGGGCCGUCGGUGAGCUACUUAUUCAAGGUCCAUUAGUUGGCAGGGGAUAUAUCAAUAGACCUGAUGAAAAUUCACGAGCUUUCAUCAAAAAUUGCUUUCUUCCCGCAGAUCAUCCCGCCGCUAAUUUCUCCGUUUACAGGACCGGUGACCUUGCUAGGUAUAGUGAAGAUGGGUCCAUCAACCUUUUAGGGAGGAAGGAUCACCAAGUAAAAAUAAGAGGGCAACGCAUAGAGCUUGGAGAAAUUGAAUCUUUGCUUUCUAUGCAGCAAAACCUCGAUUUUGCUGUGUGUGAUGUUGCAAAUACUGGUGCAUUCAAAGGUCUUCUUGUUUCUCCAGUCCAGUUUGUCAAAGAUGAAAAGAAAAUCGGUGGAGGGGAAGAACUCAAAAUCUUGGAUGAAGCUCUGAGGCCUGGAUUGAAACAGCAAUUACGCGAAAUAUAUCGAAAUCUUGAAGAAACACUCCCCUCAUUCAUGAUUCCAAUUCUCAUUCCAGUUGUCAAGUUCCCAUUCUUGUUAACUGGCAAAGUCGAUCGAAAAUCCGUGAAGCAUUGGCUAAACGGUAUUAAUUUGGAAACGAAAACAAAGAUUGAGAGAGAAAUUAUGGAGGGAGAGAUGUCCUCAGAGGCAGAUUGUGAUUACGCCGUUAUCUCGAGGGACCUGGCACAGAAAAUAUCAUCUCUGAUUCCUGGGGAAAAGGCACAGCCUCAGGCCGAUUUAGGAUUCGACGACUUCCUCCUCAAGUCAUCGGGCCUGGACUCUAUACAAACCGUAACGUUAUGGCGUCUACUCAAAGAUGAAUAUAGAGUCUCGAUACCCAUUUCAGUCCUUAACAACCCUCUUCUUUCGGUUAAAGGAUUAGCCAAAUAUAUUACUAGCGGAGCUGCUGGGGAUGAGUGGGAGAUGCACCAAAAUCAGAAUUUAGUUUUGGAGCUGUCUUCUUUAAAAAGCCAGCUUCGGUCAUGGACCAAAAGGUUCUUGCUUAGGAAGGUUUUCUUGACGGGAGCUACGGGGUAUUUGGGUUCUUUCAUUCUCAAGUCUCUCCUUACAAGCUCCCACAUUGGUCGGGUUAUUGUCCAUGUUCGUGCACCUACGCCAAAGGAUGGACUUUCCAGAGUUAAAAACUCAGCACAGUUGUUGCAUUGGUGGGAUGAGAAAUUUAUCUCCAAGGUAGAAAUCUGGACAGGCGACUUGGCGCUGCCAAGGCUAGGAUUAGACGAGCAACACUGGCAGAAGCUAACAGCAACUAAUGAUAUUUCCCAAAUCGAUGCAAUCGUGCAUUGUGGUGCAAGAGUGAAUUGGACUCAGGAUUACCAUAGCUUGAGAUCGGUCAACGUACUGUCAACAUUGAAUCUCUUACAAGCAUUUCUUAAAUCCGACGGAUCUCAGCCUCUCAAAUUUGUCUACGUAUCUGGUGGCUGUCAGUGGAGUAUCGGAGAAGACACAGAUAAACUUUUGACAGAACAACUAAAGACAUGUGACAACGGAUAUGGACAGACAAAAUUGAUGUCUGAAUUAUUAGUCCGGUCUGCUGUUAAUGGAAGCCCCAACGACAAGCUUAUCAUUAUGAAACCAAGUUUCAUCAUCGGCUCUCCUUCAAAUGGGACUGCUAAUGUGGACGAUUUCUUCUGGAGAGUGAUACUUUCUUCAAUCCAAAUUGGUCUCUAUGAUGAGGAGCUCGAAGAAUCUUGGGUAUUCGUAACCAGCGCUGAAAGAAUUGCUGACCUAGUGUUUCAAGGGCUGGUCGGUAAUCAUGAUGAUCCGGGACUCGUUGUCACGAAAGCUUUCGAUGGAAUCCCUCUGAACCAGCUAUGGCAGAUCCUCAGAAAUGAUUUUGGGUAUACUUUACAUCCAAUGAAGCACGAGGCAUGGCUAAAGACUAUACACGAUCGUAUAGAAAUUGAAAGAGAAAAGCACCCUCUCUGGCCACUUUCACACAUGAUACAUAGUGACUUUUGUCGCCUUGGAUGCGAUACUUCAGAGUCAACUCCCUUUUCCAAUCAUGAGAGAAUGCAAUACGUCAAAGCAUCAUUUGUCAAGAGUGUUGAAUAUCUGAUUAGUAUUGGGUAUCUUCCGAAAACGUGCGGUAAGAAAGAGGAACAAAUCUCUGUUCCGGUUUUCAGUCGAUCAACAUUGACUCGUUGAUCGUUCGACAAUAUAUCCCAUCAAGGUAUUGAAAUGGCAUCUGAACAUUUACUGAUCAUUAUGUUCUACAUUCAAUCUUCUUACAUUUCUGCGCCGCCAUACUGAGCACGUUGAUGAUUACUGAUCUAGACGAUCAUUCAUUUCAAGUAAUCCAAUAGCAGGCAAGCAUUGUACUAAUGUUUGAUAAUAGUUUUAGAUACUUAGAAGGGGCUAUUGAACAGGAGUGAUACAAUAAAUUCAAUUUACA